UAUCUUAGGGCAAAUGGGUCCGUAUCAAUAUAUACAUUUAAGGGUGUAUUUUGCAUGUAUCUAAACUUGUUGAGGGUACGAUGAUCAAUAGUUAGUUACUUUAGGGAUUGAAUUGGAUAUAAGAGAAUAGUUGAAGGGUCAAGUGCUGAAACGCAAAAGAUCCAAUUACCUAUAUAUACCCAUUACCCAGAACUAGGGCUCCAUCAACUUUCUCUAAACAUCUCUCUACAGUUGUCGGUUCCCACACCCCAUGGCUAACCCCUUCGCUUCCACGUUCAAGGCGUUGAGUAAGAUCGUAGCUUCCAAUCGUCCGUCGGUGAACCCGGCUUCCAAUCGUCCGUCGGUGAACCCGCCGCCGCCGAUGGGGUUCGUUCAUAGAGUUCCUUCUUGCACUCGCCCUUUUUACGGUCCAUCAGCCACCGCAGGAGAUGGGCGAGUGAUUGAAAUAAACUCCAUUGGCAAGUGGAGGGAGUAUUUCAAGAAGGGUGUGAAGUCAAACAAACUGGUAGUGGUAGAGUUCAUGAAGCCAUGGUGCAAAGUAUGUUUAUCGAUUGCUCCCGAACUAGCCAAGAUUGCAAAGAAGAGAAACGAUGUUAUAUUCCUCCAGAUCUAUGCUCAUGACCUUAAGACUCUUGCUCGUGAAUACUUCGUUGAGGAUGUGCCCACGUUUUUUUUCCUGAAACAAGGGAAGGUAGUGGGUAGGUAUGUUGGUAAUUUGAUCGAUGAUGUGGAGACGAGAAUCAACCAAGAUGGUGACGGUACCGGGCGAGGCUGUUGGAUGUAGUUAUAUCUUUUGCUGGUGCGCGCUUCUCAGAUCUUGAUUGACGUGGCGCUCCGCUCGUGUUUAAUAAUUCUUUAACGAUAUAUUACAAAUGGAAAGUGACUGAGGGACUCUACUAAAUAAGCUAGCUAACUAAUCUAGUACUCCCAAGUAAUUUACUUUCUAUUU